AUGCCUUCCUCCGCGAUCACGCUUAGUCACACAGUCUUGACGGACGGGCUUUACUUCGGAGAGUCCCCUCGAUAUCGCGAUGGGCUCCUCUACGUUAGCGAUAUGACGGGACGCAAAAUUUAUACCGUCGAUGAGCAGACCGGCAGCAAGGAUAUUCUUGUGGAGGUUGAAAGCCAGCCCAACGGGAUGUGUUUCGCCGAUGAUGGGUCCCUCAUUUACUCUUCCAUGUUCGACGCCAAACUACACCGCCUACAGGAGGGGAGAUCUUCGCUGUACGCCGACAUGUCAGGUAUCAUGAAAGGUUACUGCGGUGACAUGGCUAUUGAUGGAGAAGGCCGCGUGUUUCUCGACGACACGGGGGCACGGGUGCUGCAUGGCGAAGACCCCAAGCCCGGCCAGCUUCUCGUCAUAGAAAAGGAUGGUUCAGUGCGCGUAGCUGCCGAUCAAAUCGUCUUCCCAAAUGCCCUUAUGAUCAACAACGACGGCACCCGUCUUUUCGUGGCGGAAACUUUUGGGAACGGGCUCCUACGCUACGACGUAGGGGCUGGGGAAGCUUAG